AUGGGCGCGUUCAAAUUCUUGUCAGCCCUCCAACAAAAGGUCGACACAAGGGAGCUAAUAGAGAAAGGGCUCAUGUUCGUAGAUGCGACAAUAAACUCUCGACCAAGCAAAAGCACCUUGAUAGACUCGGGAGAGACCCACAACUUCAUCGCUGAUCAUAAAGCACGAAGAUUGGGACUCACCAUAGAAAAGGACCUCGAAAAAAUGAAAGUUGUCUACUCCAAGGCCUUGCCUAUUGUGGGAAUUUCCAAAAGAGUCACCUUCAAAUUAGGGGCUUGGACAGGAGAGUUGGACUUUGUCGUGGUUCGCAUGAACGACUUCAACGUGGUACUUGAGAUGGGCUUCCUCCUAGAACACAAAGUUAACCCAAUGCCACUGGCGAAAUGCUUGGUGAUCACCGACCACAACCCCACAAUAAUACCUGCAAGCAUCAAGCAACCAGGUAAUCUUAGAAUGAUCUCGGUCAUACAAUUGAAAAGAGGACUCACACAAGAUGAACCUACAUUUAUGGCUAUACCACUGAUAGAAGAAGUGACCACUGAGGAAUCUAUUCCAAGCGAAAUCAAGGAGGUACUAGAAAGUUAUUUUAACAUAAUGCCAGAGAGCUUACCACAAGCAUUACCACCCCGUCAAGGCAUUGAUCACGAAAUUAAACUCCUCCCCGGGGUUAAACCCCCAGUGAAGAACACAUACUGGAUGGCUCUCCCUGAGCAAGCCGAAUUGAGGAAACAACUAGAUGAGUUGUUGACGGCAGGGUUCAUCUGCCUGGCAAAGGCGCCUUACGGAGACCCCGUACUAUUUCAGAAAAAGAAGGAUAUGACAUUGCGUCUGUGCAUCGAUUAUAGAGCCUUAAUGUGA